AUGGGUGUCGAAGCGUUACCAUCUUCAUCGAAUGAAGCAGACGAUCCGAAGAAUCAGUACCGCUGUUGUUGUAGUACAUUCCAUGUGAGCACUGCGUCAAUUGUGAUUGCUAUCGUUGAACUGUUUUAUCUUGGUUAUGAAAUAUUCUCUAGUUUCUAUCUCUUCAAUCGUACGGGUGAUCAGUAUAUUCUAUCAUUUUCACUUUCAUUAUUCGCCACUUUUCUCGCCAUAGUUGCCGUUAUUUUACUUAUUUUGGCUAUUAAAACUUCAACACCGUAUCUUCUCGUUCCACAUUUAUUAAUGCAGGUCGCCGUUACAAUUGUUCUCUUCUUGAUGUGUCUGUUUUGCUUAUUCGCUGUUUUUGUUGGAACCAGUAUUGAGAUAACGUAA